AUGCCCAAAUUUUUCUGCGACUACUGCGAUGUCUACCUUACGCACGACUCCAUGAGCGUGCGCAAGGCCCACAACAGCGGCAGAAACCACUUGCGCAAUGUCGUAGACUACUACCAACGUAUGUAUCUCUCCCAGGAGCCACGCGCGCAAGCUUCCAUGCUCACCACCACCAACUACUAUCCAGAGAUCGGCCACGAAAAGGCCCAGUCCGUCAUCGACUCCAUCACCUCAUCCUACGCCGCCGAGGGCCAGGCCCACGCGAACCCAAUGCUUCCUCAGAACCAACCCGGUCACCACCACAACUUCCCGCCGUUUCCUUUCCCCGGUGGUGCGCCGCCGCCGUUCGCGGCGCCUGGUGGUGGUCCACCAGGCCCGUUCCCUCCGGGCAUGCCUCCUCUUCCCACAGCCGGCUCAGGAAUGCCUCCACCGAUCCCACCCUUCGCCACCGGCCCAGGCGCGCCUCCGAUGCCCCCAGGCGGCCUUCCAUUCCCUCCUCUCCCCGGCGGUCUCCCUUUCCCCCCACCUCCCGGCCAGCCCGGCUCUCUACCGAACUUCCCUCCCAUCCCUGGAAUGCCUCCACCACCUGGUGGCAAGGGCUUCCCUCUGCCUCCGCCGGGUGCCUUUCCUCCAGGCGUAGUCCCACCUCCCGGUGCCUUCCCCCCUCCUGGCGCGCCGGGUAUUCCUGGCAUGCCGCCCAUGCCUUCUAAGCUGCCAGCGGAUGAUAAGAAAUGA